ACACUUAAUUAUGCCGGCCGACGCGACGGCCGUUGGCUGUCGAUGAGAAAGUCUUCGUUAGACCAAUUGCCCAAGUCGGGCCUCAGUUGGAGUUGGACUUGCAACGUGGACGGGUUAAAGAAAUGGCGAAACUACACACUAUCGUUCUCCUGCUGGCCACAUUAAUCCUGCUGUUGGCCGUAGUCAGCAGUGAGGCUCAGAGGUCGCAGAAAAACAGACAGAAACAGAAGCCAGGAGGCCAGGGAGCCGCUGGCAAUACCCAGAAGAAGCGGCCAAGGCCUCAACAGGCUCAGAAACAGAAGCCCAAGCCAAACAAACCGCAACAGCAAAACGGUCCCGACGUGUUCACCACAACGAUUCCCGAGUUGGGAAGGAUCCGUGGUAGGACCUUGACAACAGAAUGGACUGGGCAGACAAUUAUGCAGUUCCUGGAUGUGCCCUAUGGAUCGGCAGAUCGCUUCAAGGCAGCUGAGCCCGCUUUGCCAUGGAAAGGAGUAUUGUCGGCCCAUCGCCACCAUGCGGGCUGUCCUUCAAUACAGGACAUUUUGAAGUUUGCCAAGCUGGAAGAGGAGGGCUUUGAUGUCGAGGAUUGUCUGCGUCUUACCAUCAACACAAAAUCGCUAAAGGGUGAACUUUCGCCCGUUAUGGUCUACAUCCACGGAGACUUUUUCUACGAGGGCAACACGGUGGAGGCAGCGCCGGGUUACCUGCUGGAGAAGGAUGUGGUCUUGGUAUCGGUCCGCUAUCGUCUGGGUCCUUUCGGUUUCAUGUCCACCCUCACCGAGGAUAUACCCGGAAACGCAGCGGUAACGGACAUUAUAUUGGCUCUCGAAUGGAUACAGAAGCACAUUGCCGCAUUUGGUGGCGAUCCUAGGCGGGUAACGCUCUUCGGACAAGUGGGUGGGGCAGCAAUGGUCAAUGUCCUGACCCUGAGUCCAGCAGUGCCCAAGGGAUUAUUCCAUCGCGUCAUAUACCAGUCGGGCACGGCUCUGUCUCCAGCCUUCAUCACGGACAGUCCCAUGCCUGCCACAAAGGACAUAGCCAAGAUUGUUGGCUGCAAACAGCUGACUAAAACGGAUUCGCUGAACAAGUGUCUGCAACGUGUGAAUGCGACCACUUUGCUGGCCGCCUUCAGCAUUCACGGCGAGGACAAGCCCUCUCUGAGUGGUGGGGCCUAUGGAGGCGUUCAGUUGGUGAUUGGCGGGCCUUCUGGCAUCUUGCCCGAGCACCCAGGUCGUUUACUGGCCGCAGAGAAGUUCCAGGCCUAUCCCACUUUGGGCGGCAGUGUCAAGCACGGCGGAACCUUUUUGCUAAGGGACAUCUUCGUGGAAAGCUUCAACGAAAGCGUCGCAGUCGACAAGCUAAGUGGGCAGGAAUAUAUCGAUACUGUAAUUCAGCAGGCCAAUGGCGAGGACCCUACAGGCUCUUGGCGGGCGUUUGCCGCUGAGGAGAUCUUCACGGCGACGGACAUUAAAAACGGAAGCUUCAAACGUCUCACACCAGGCCUCAUCGAUCUCUGCAGCACGAUUUCCCUUAAGAAUCCUGUUCUCCUGGUACUCCAGGCUAACGCCAAAAAGUUGCCAAACAGCACUUAUCUCUACAGCUUCGAUUACGAGGGCGAGUUGAACCGGUAUUCCAGCAGCGAGGAAGAGGCCUCCUUUGUGCCCUUCGAUUCGGGAGUGACAUUGACCGAUGACAAUCUCUAUCUGUUCCCAUGGCCACGCUUCCACCUGAUCAACUCCGUUCGUGACAUCAAGAUAGCCAAGCGCAUGGUGGAUCUGUGGACCUCAUUCGCAGCGGCCGGAGUGCCCCGGGCUCCAGGAGUUCCCGAUUGGCCUCCAAUGAGUGUGGAUAUCGCCAGUGGUGAGGAAGCCACAGGUCCCUAUAUGCGUAUUGGCCGCACCGUGUCCUUCGGUGAUAACUUUUUGGAUGAGUACAGCAUUGCCGUGCAGGAGGCGAAAUUGGGUUACACAUUGGUCAACGAGGACUACUACGAGAUCGAGGAAGCGAUUCUGGCUUCAAAAAAAGGCGGUCAAGUGCCAGUCUCCAAUGCGAAUCUGGAUGAAGACAAUGAUGAAUCCGACGAGGAAGGGGACACCGAUGCCAACGAGGCUCGCGGACAGAAUUUAGUAUUCAUUGCCAAGAAGUACAAGUCUUAGUAUUCAAUCUUCUGUUAAGA